AUGGACGGAAAUGAACAUACCUUGGCGUCUGCCGCUACUUUACGGCCCCAGUAUCUGAAUGAUGAUCAGGUGAAGCAUAAAGAUCUUCACUCGGAUACUAGAGACGUUGCGGUGGACAUGGCGGGUGGUAUGAGUCCUAGUAGAAAGUGUCGACGGAUAGAGCGCGGUGAAAACGAGAGUGAUGAGGGAAGAAACGGAAGCGCUACAAUUAUUCAAACUCAAUUGCAGGCAAAAGAAGAGGAAGAUACGGUUUGUGGAGCAAGUAUGAAGCAGAACGGACGUGUGGAAGACGAGAAAAAGGUGGAGACAGCGACGUCAAAAGAAGUUGAAUGUGUGUCAGAAUCCAUAAAUCUAGAGGAUGAAAACGGUCCGACGUUACGCAUAUUGCUAAAUCAGGAGGUAGACUACAAUGGAGGACGUCGUGUUGAUGUAUCUGAGAAGACGCGGGCGAUAAAUACGACAGACGAUGUGUCGUCGAGCGAGAAGGCUGAUUCUCCAGUAUUGCCACUUUGUUCCCAAGCUGUUCCAGAUUUUGGAAGGGAAACACUAUUUGCGGAAGGCACCAUGCUGACUGGGUCGUGCCCAUCUCAGGGUGAUAACAGUGUUAAGUCUAUGCAAGUGGAGCCACCACCUCAAGGAUCGAAUCAUACGGUGGAGACCCCUCCAUACACACCUAUAGCUGCACCUGCAUCUACUCCACUGACAUUGAACGUACCGGAUGCUACAUCCGAUAACGCCCCUGUGACACUGGCAUCGUAUACAGCAGACACGUUACCAACAUCAACUGCUAUAAAUUGCAUAGUGGGACGGAGAAAGCGCAACAGAAGGAAGUUUAGUUGUUUCACCUCACAGCGUAAAGCAGCAGUCAAAAGUAGGCGGGACAACGUGCCUGCAUUAUCCGAAUUUGAGGAAAAGUCGAGUGUUUCAGCAAGUGGACACGCAGCUAAAGAUGAUAUUGAGGUUGAAACAGAUAGCAACACAUCAGCGUCUCCGGUGUAUCCUGACACAGAUGCAUCUCACCUGUAUUCGUCUACUCAAGAAGGUGCAGCAUGGCAAUGGAAAGAUGCUGAUCCAUAUUUCAACCAUCCUACACAGGGGGACCUGGAUAACUUGCUGCGAUGGGGCCAGGAAAACGCUGCUUUUGUGGCUGCGAAUCCACAGGCAUGGCGCGGUGUACCAGCAUUCGAACAAAAGCGUGGAAUACUCGAAACCAUGGCUGCAAAUGUUUCGUUUGUGUCUACGGCGCAUGUGGAGUUCCCCAUCCAUCGGGGACGUCGUUACCUCGACGUAUGGAAGGAAGCAGACUUCCUGAGGCAACGGGAGCGCGAUAAUUCUGCAAAGGAGAUUAAUCUGACUAGUAACGCGAAGUCCAGAGGCAAACGGAAGCGCGCUAGCUUUGCAGAAGACUCAUUGCUCCAAUCGCACCGUGAUUUGGUGUAUGGAUACGACGACGAUCUAUUCCGAGAGUUUAGCGAUCGUCUAGCAUGUCGUGUGAAAGCGUGUCAGUUUGACUUGCACCCAGCCACACCGAUGUCGCCUCUCGGGACACGCCGACAAAAUGCCAAUAUGAAAGUAGGCGGAAAUGCUACAUCGGUGAUACUAGAUGAAUCUGGAUUUAAUGAAGAAGUCCUGCCUAGUUUUCCUAUCCGUCAGUUACAUCCAGCAUCCCUAGGCCUUUGGAAGCUGCGAACAAACGUGGCACCUGAUUAUACAGUCAUACAUCCUGCGUCUGUAAAUCGUUCACAAGUUCCAGCACGCUGGAAAGAGGAGAAGGAGCGUCAUCAACAAAAGCAAUACGAGCUGCGAUUUCAGCAAAUGGAUGCAACAGCUGACCUGGGUGAUGAAAAUGAUAAGGACGGUGGUGUUGUGACUCAGGAUCGACACAGCGCCACUAUACUAAAUUGUGCAGUUACUGGUGAGCUACCCUCCUUUGGCAACUGUGUAGAAGAUGAUGAAAUUUCGCAGGCAAUUACUGCUUCGAUGAAAAGUCUUGUAUCGCUAUCUAUUUCGAACUGGAGCACUAUCGAGCUCGUGCACGAAAGAGCAGCCAUCAGUAUCCAGUGCACACGAAUAUUAGAUGACGAGACUGCCGUUGCUCAAGAGCUGGAGAAUUUGUUUCUACAGUUGUGCCCUCCGAGUGACGUCGCCGUGGGUAUUGAUGUACUUUACGGUAGCCGCCGGCCUUGGGCAUCGCGGAUAGCGGGUACGCCAAAUGAUGUGAUUGCCUAUUGUGCACGCAAUGAUGCCGCGGAUAAUCGCUCUUUUGCGGUAGCCGCAUCGGUGGAAUUUGCUCUUAAGCUGGAUGUAGGAGAUGAGGUUGACGUGCUCGAUCGAAAUGGGUGUUGGAAGUACGGCGAAGUCGUGGAAACCUACUCUGACUGCACAUUCGGGGUUGCGACCUUAUUAUUGAUACGACUUUCUUUGUGUCCUGAAGACACUGUGGAGUGGAUCGCAUCAAGUGACGGUCGCAUUCUACCGCGAGGUGUUGCUGAUGGCUCGCGAUCCUGUUCGGUUGGUCCCACUCGUGCCCAUCGAGUCCGGGUUCGCUUCGAUCAGAGUCUUGCCAAGGAACUCAAGCGUUCGCUGCCGCAACGACAAGCCAAGCAGGCGUCUAUUGCUUCCCAAAUGCUAGCACGAAGACAGCAUGAUACUAUUGUAGGAACUUCGAAUGAUUUACUAAAGACGCCACAAAAGCGUAAACGAAAGCGCCCAGCUAAAUUUCGAAUGUGGUAA